GAUCGAGAUAUACAGAGAGCUCCCAACCUUAGGGCUCCUGCAAUCGGUCCACGCUAUCGGUAAAGCAUUCCCAAUUGCACAACUGCUACGGGUUUGUUUGGAGCCCGAUACCUACAAGAACCAUCAGGCCAUGCACAUCUACCUGUCAAGGCAAAGGACACGGUUCUUAGGCUCUCGAGCUCGCAGUCCACACCAUCCCAUUACUGUUACUGCUACUACGCCACGAUGCAGGCCGCACCUGCCUGGUUCGAGAAGGGAGAUGUAUUCGAGCUGCUCGACUUGCCCGACGACUUCAUUGUCGGGCUGGACGACAUUGCCCUGACGACCAACAAGUGCUUCCGCGGAUUCCGCGAUAUACCCCAGGGGCCUCAUUUCCUUUGGGUCCAGCAGCCGGGCAGUGUUUUGCGCUGCGGAUACUGGUUCGUGACGGGAAAGAGGGGAACGCUGCGGGUGAAGCACUGGGACAGCUACAACGAGGUGCUGGCCGCGCCCUCAAAGUCGGACUACCAGUUGGAGUCUCAAUCAGCCCAUGAGUGGAACGAGACCGAGUCCGCCUACCCGACGCUACACCCCUACACUUCGCGACCCACGCGCGGCGGGCAUAAACCACCCCUAAACCCCGUCAGCGCCCAGCCGAUAUGGCAUUCCCUGACGUGGGCGAUUUCACCCGUCUUUCUCGGCUGGGUCUUUGCCACCAAGCACACCACUGCCCCUGGGGGGAAGGGUAGCGGGGAGAGGGUUGAAUACCCGAUCGACUCGCUCGACACGCACACACCAAUCCUUAUUAAUGAACCCGCCCCCAGCAACGACGACCCCAAAACACCCCAAGACACGGACAAAGCAACCCUGCUCGCCGAGCUGCAGUACACCUUUGUGUCGGGCACCCUGCUGAGCAAUACCUCGUGCCUCGCGCGGUGGUGGCAGCUCGUGCUGAACCACCUCCUGCAACCCCCGCCCGAUCCCAUGCCUGUUCCCCAUCAUCAUCAUCAUCAUCACCACCAGCUCCCGCCAGAAGGCCAGGCAGCCCUGCUGCAGACGCUCCACGCGCAGUUGUUCUUCACCGAGCACUACCUCGAAGCAUCUACUGAUACUAAUACUAAUACUGAUCCCAAUAAUAAUAAACCCUCCUCUACUCCAUCUGUGAUGUCCUCUUCUAAUCGCGGUACUGGUGCUGCUCGCCGGGGCCCUAGCGCGGACAGGUCGCUGUACCUUUGCCUGCCGGGGAGCAGGACCCGCUUAAAAGCUGCGCUGGCCGGGUACAGAUCAGGGUUGGAACGGCUGGGCGCCACGAUGCUGGGGGGCACAGAGGGGUUGGGAGAGGUGGGCAGGGCGUUUGCUGCGCUCGAGGGGUGGUUGAAUAUGCUGGGCUGGGAUUUGAGCGUUUAUGGGUCUGCUGGAGGUGGUGGGGAGGAGGCGGGUGGUGGUGGUAGUGGUGGGAAUACGGGGAUAGCUGGGGAUGAUGUGGAUGAUGAUGAUGGUGAUGAUGGGGAGAAUAGUGACGACCAUGAAGAGGACGCAGAGGAGGAGGAGGAGGAGGAUGAGGAGGAUGAGUACCCCGUGAUUGUGGAGCUGGAUGCUGAAGGCCGUGAGGUUGGCUUGGUGAGUUUCAGAGAUUGAGAGGUGGCUUCUUGGGUAU